AUAAUGGGUGUUUAAUGACACAAAAAUGAGCACUUUUAACUAAUAGAGUAUUGAGUAUUAAAUCAAACGUAUUUUGUUCAUAAAUUUCAGAAGGAAUAAUUUGAAGAAUAUAAAUUACAGGAUGUAAAAAGGACAACUGUAGUAAUAUAGUGUUCAGUCACACUUUAAAAACUCUAUUUUGAUAAAAUUCUAACAAUUAUCAUGAACCAUACGUUAAAAGUUGUUUUUUUGCAAUUAUUAGCUUUGUAUUGCAUAAAAAUAUCGUGUAGUGAUGUUAAUCAACUAUCAAAUAGUGCAAAACAAAGCGAUUUAUAUUUUACAAUAAAUAAAAUCCAUAAAAAAAGGAUAUCUGAGAUAAAAUGUGAAGAAUAUGAAUUGAUAACACGGCAAUUGAAAACUUCAGAACAAUGCGAUCAUUGUGUUUCGUUUUUAAUGGCUCAUGGACAGUAUGCGAGAAAAAAUGAGUUUCCACACAUGGCAGCAGUUGGAUGGCUUCAGGAUAAAAACAGUGCAAUCGAAUAUUCAUGUGCUGGUUCAUUGAUUUCUGACCAAUGGGUUCUAACUGCUGCUCAUUGCACCCAUAAUGCUAUGGGAUUUCCGAAAGUUGUUAAAUUAGGAAGCAUUAAUCUAAGUAACGAUUCCGGAGAAAUCAUCAGUAUUGUCAAAAUAAUCGUUCAUCCAGAAUUCAAACGACCACGCCUGUAUCAUGACAUUGCUUUGUUGAAAUUGGAACGUGGUGUAGAAUUCAAGAACAAUGUCAAGCCAGGUUGUUUGUACAGAAAAUUUGAAACAGCGCCUGAUGUUGUUUGGGCCACUGGAUGGGGUUCCAGAAGAAAUGGUAGGUUUGCUUUUGUUAUUAUCAACGAAUUGAUGAUAGUGAAAUUACAGACAAUAGACAACAUCAAGUGUACAAUGGCAUAUGGCAAAACAAUUGCAGUACCAAAUGGCGUAUCUCCAAGCAUGAUUUGUGCAGGUGAUACACUGAAUCAUUGGAAAAGCGACACCUGUAAGGGUGAUUCUGGCGGUCCGAUUCAAGUGUACCGUAAUUUUGACGAUUCUAGUUUAUUGUUUGACAUUGUUGGGAUCACUAGUUUCGGUAGAUCAUGCGCUACGGAGAAUAUUCCAGGUGUUUAUAUUCGAGUCUCGCAUUACAUCGAUUGGAUUGAAGAAAUCGUGUGGCUGAAUUAG